AUGAAAUUUACCUAUAUCUCUGAAGUCUCAUCGCCUGAAAGCGUGCUGCUUCAAGAUGGCAGGAUUCGUGACACGCUGUUGCACGAAAUGUGCCAUGCAGCAGCGUGGUUAAUCGAUGGAAGUAAAUCCGGCCACGGUUCAUGCUGGAAACUUUAUGCCAAUAAAGCCAACGCCGCCUUUCCCAGAAUUCCACCUGUUACGACGCGUCACACCUAUGACAUUAAGACGAAAUUUGUCUACUGCUGUUCAGUCUGUUCCCAGAAUAAAUUAAAAAUGUUGACGAUCUCAAGCUUUAGAUAUAUGAAAGAGGUAAUAACUUAUUGA